AUGGGAUCAAAGAACCUUACGGAAAUUGUAGACUUUCUCCUGCUGGGCUUGUCAGAAGACCCCGAGCUGCAGCCCCUUCUUUUUGGGCUCUUCCUCUCCAUGUACCUGCUCACUGUGUGGGGGAACCUGCUUCUUAUUCUGGCUGUCGGCUCAGACUCCCACCUCCACACCCCCAUGUACUUCUUCCUCUCCAACCUGUCCUUGGUGGACAUUGUUUUCACCUCCACCACCAUCCCCAAGAUGCUUCACGGCAUCUGGACACAGAGCAAAGCCAUCACCUAUGCGGGCUGCAUCUCACAGGUGUACUUUUUUGUGCUCUUUGCAACUUUAGAUGACUGUCUCCUGACUGUGAUGGCCUAUGACCGCUAUGUGGCCAUCUGUCACCCCCUGCACUACACGGUCAUCAUGAAUUCCCAGCUCUGUGGGCUGCUGGUUCUGGCGUCCUGGAUCCUAAGUGGCCUUCAUUCCUUGUAUGAAAGUUUAAUGAUUCUGAGAUUGUCCUUUGAUGGAGUCUUGGAAAUCCCUCACUUUUUCUGUGAACUCAAACAGGUGGUUCAACUUGCCUCUUCUGACACUUCUCUCAAUGACUGGCUAAUGAUUUUGUCUGCUGUGUUGCUGAGUGGUGGCCCGCUGUCUGGGAUCCUCUACUCUUACUCUAAGAUUAUCUCUUCCAUAUUGAGAAUUUCCUCAGCUCAGGGGAAGUCCAAAGCCUUUUCCACCUGUGCCUCUCACCUCUCUGCUGUCUUCUUAUUUUAUUGUUCAGCUGUGGGAGUCUAUCUGAGCUCUGCUGGAACCCACAGCUCACACUCAAGUGCUCCAGUCUCAGUGCUGUACACCGUGGUCACCCCCAUGCUGAACCCCUUUAUCUACAGCCUCAGGAACAAAGACAUCAAGGGGGCGCUGAAAAAAGUUUUCAGAAGGAAAAAAUGGAAGAGCAUUUUUUUUCUAGAUAUGAAAUUCUGA